AUGUCUCAAAAGCAGGCACGAAGGCCAUUCGCAGUAUCCGGAAAAACUGCAAUAGUGACUGGUGCAGGCUCAGGGAUAAAUCUCGCGUUUGCCAACCUGUUACUGUCACGGAAUUGCAAUGUUGUGAUUGCGGAUCUCAGCCUCCGGCCUGAAGCAGAGAAGCUCAUCGCUCAGUAUGGGGGAUUGCAAUCGUCACCGCGGGCCGUCUUUGUUCAGACGGACGUGACGUCCUGGGCAGCAUUGACGCAGAUGUUUGAAGUUGCACUGGAAGAGUUCGGCGAUUUCCAUAUAGUUUGUCCGGGAGCGGGUAUAUAUGAACCGCAUUGGUCGAAUUUUUGGCAUCCCCCGGGUUCCCCAGAAAGCAAGGAUGGCCUGGAUUCAAAUCGCUAUUAUUUGCUUGAUAUCAACCUCACCCAUCCAAUCCGGACAACUCAGCUAGCUCUAUCCUACUGGUUACAUCCGAGAAGCCGACCCUCGUCGUUCCAUCCGGUUGCUGAGCCAGUCAGUCCCGAAAAUUCAAAACGUAUCAUCCAUAUCUCCUCCGUUGCAGGCCAGAUACCAAACUUCAACGCGCCCAUUUAUGGUGCAUCAAAGUUCGCAAUUACGGGAUUCGUUCGCUGUCUAGCACCGCUCGAUCAAGCGAUUGGUGUACGGAUUAAUGCUGUCGCACCUGGCAUCAUCCGGACGCCGCUAUGGACUGAGCAUCCAGAGAAGCUUCUGCAACUAGACCAGGAAAAAGACGGAUGGGCCACAGCUGACGAAGUGGCUAUGGCAAUGUUAAGAUGUGUUGAUGACGAGAACCUAGAAGGGGGUGCAAUUCUGGAGGUGGGAAAGAAUAGUACAAGGCGUGUUGAGGUUCUAAAUGAUCCUGGCCCGGAUGAGAGUCUUGGAACUGCCUUCAAGGCAAGCAAAGCCGAAGAAGCCGCAGAAAGGAUUUUAUACUGGUUGCGACAAAGUGAUAUAUGGGGUUAA